GUUUUUUGCAUGGCCCCUGGUUUUGUAACCUUUGACUUCCAUAAACUGAGUAAUAUAAACGUAAAAUCAUAUAAUGCCAUUCCAAAAUCCUCGUCAUUUUACAGCUAUCAAACAACCCCAUCACCUGGCUGGCUAUUUUCACUAACCCCCAACAUAUAUUCACAUCAAGAUUUGCAGCAAAAUAACAGUAGUUCACAAUAUUUCCUGCAUGAAUAUUGGGAGGAUUUUGCUAACUAAAAAGAGCCUGUUGACAGGACGAACUUAUUCUCAUUUAUCGAAGAAGAAGAUGAAGAAGAAAACGAAGAAGGAAUCUGAAAGGAGAAAGCUGAUUAGAAAGAGAUUAUCAAGGAAGAAGAAUAUGGUUCAAAAGUUGUAUGACACUUGCAAGGAAGUGUUUGUUAAUGGUAAGGCUGGCUAUGUUCCUCCUCCCUCCGACAUCCACCGACUAAAGUCGGUACUCGAUGGUCUGGAACCAAAAGAUAUCAAGCUUACAGUGCCAAGCUUGGAAUUUUCAAGUAGAAGUGGAACUGGAGAUGAAGCUCCUCUUGUCACCUACAUUAAGCUUCAUGAAUGCAACAAAUUUUCGAUAGGGAUCUUCUGUUUGCCACCUUGUGGGGUAAUUCCUCUUCAUAAUCAUCCCGGCAUGACCGUGUUCUGCAAGCUUCUAGCUGGAACCAUGCAUGCCACGUCAUAUGAUUGGGUGCAGAAUCACCAACAGUUUAACCAUUGCGAGCAGCAAUCUGGAAUCCGGCUAGCAAAGGUUCAUUUUGAUGCAGACAUCACUGCACCGUGCGAUGCAUCAGUUCUAUUCCCGGAAUCAGGAGGAAAUUUGCACUGCUUCAAAGCUCUAACACAUUGUAUUCUACUAGAUGUUUUAGGGCCACCAUACUCGGAAUCUGAAGGCCGCCAUUGUACAUACUAUCAAGAUUUCACUUAUGACUGUUGUUCUGGUAUGACAGAAGAUGUUAAAAAAGUGAAGGUGGAGGAAGAUGGCACAAGAUAUGCAUGGCUUGAAGAAAGAAACGAGCAGUUCGUGGUGUUAGGGGGAACAUAUGACGGUCCUACAAUUAAAAUAUAAAGACGUUAAUUAGCUUGUGUAUAUAACUCUUCUAAGUAGCCAAUCUUGGACUUCGGUUGGUCUCUUCAGUUCUUCGCAUAGCUACAUGAGCAUACAAAGAAAUUUCAGUUGACAUUUGUGAUGACCCAAAGGCCAUCUUAUAUUUUAGAACUUGAUUUUGCGCUCUUA